AUGGCCGAACGCGAGCGGGCGUCGCGUAACCCAAUUCGAUCAGCUGGGGCGUCAGAAGGGACACCGCAAUGGACGGUCACCCGGCGCGAGCAUACAGCCACCUCGCCGCCUCCACCGCUCGCCGAACAAAGAAAUGAUGGGGAUUCUGGACCGUUUCACACACGCACGGUGACGACAACGGAACGCGUGCAGAUACUGCAGAUGCCCGUGCCGAUCUCCGAGGGAGAGACCGCACCGGCUCUGCUGCUCGCGCUCUCUUCGCCGAAUGGGAACACCACACAGUCGGUUUCUUCGACGGUGACAACGUUGCGAAACGAGGGAACACCGUUAAUUGGCGGAAUGACGGCGAGUGGAGUCCCGCUCUACAAUGGGAUUCACAUGAAUCGAGACACUCGCCAAACGACAACCGUUAUCACCACAACCACCACCACGUAUCGGGUGGUCGAAUUGACCGACUCGGACUCGAUGACGAGCUCCGGGGAAUUCGAGAGAGAUUUCGAGAUGAUCAGCCCUGGUUCACCGGCAGAGGACCAGACGUUGACAAUCGAUAUCCCCCUUGGAACUGUCCCACCGUCGACCGUGCACUCGCAACAGCAAAUUAGUGAGCCGAGAUACCUCAUAGUCGGAAAAACGGAAUCUUCAACACCGGGCUCUCCGAGCAAAAAAAACAUCAACAUCGAACUCGACAUUGCACCCAUCGAAGGAGAAGAAAAAGAUGAACAGUUUGAGGUUAUUGACUAUACGAUCAGCCCGGCCGAGAGCAUGUACGUCGAAGAUCAAGUGGCCUCGACGAGCAGAAGUGGAGAACUGGUUGAAAUGCCCUUGCGCCACAUGGUUGACGUCUACCAUCCCGGAACUAGUGACACAGUUGAAGUCGACACCACCAUUGAGUAUGACGCGGUGUUUGACGAAGAAGAGACGGUUAUCCCGGAUAGGGCCAACGCCAGCGGU